UUGCAUUUACUGCUUGGUUGUAGUGGUGGUGCUUUCAAGAUCAAUGAGAGGAGGCCACCAUAAGAUUUAUGUCAGAGUAGGUAGGUGACAGGAGAAGACGAAGACAGAAAAAGAAAAUAGAAGGGGAGAAUAUAUAUGAUAUCAUGCUAGUGCUUCGUAUAUUGGGUAAUACAUACUCUGGUUCACCCAUUGCAAUGAGUACGUCUAAAGCUCGUAUGUAACCAAUGAUUUGAGCAAGGGUGUUAUCUAAAGCUCGUAUGUAACCAAUGAUUUGAGUAAGGUUAGCAUCCAUGGGUCUUCUUGAUGCUCCCGCCAUCCGCUCUACUAUCUGGAAGGGUACUAAUAUACCUGAGGAGAGUCUUCCUGAGCCAUUUAACCAGAAUAAGCGUGAUCUGCUGUUACGUUCCUUCGAACAAUCAAGUACAAGCUCUCGCAUUCAGAAAUUUGCUAGUGUAGCAGAGUCAGACGCAGCUCAAGCAUCCCAUUUUUUUCCAUCUUUGAGGAAGCAUUUUUCAAUGGGAGGCUCAUACAGUAAAUCAAUAAACAGUCUCCAGAGUCUAUCAGAUUCCUCAGACCAAUUACAAUCUAUGUAUGGUUCUAAUCCAUCUUUGGACAGAGAUGAAGUGGAAUAUGUAACUCCUUAACCUGAGACUGUCAAUUGGUGCUGAUUUCUUUUUGGUCAGAAACAAGAGAUGAUUGAUUUUGCGGCGGAAGUUGGUGCUCCAGACAAACCACUUGAGUUGCAGUAACUUGAAAAAUUAGUGGAAGAUGCAAACGAUUUAAUAUUAAUUUAGUGGAAAAUCAUUUAAAUCUCUUAUUGCCAGUGAGAUUUUCUAUUGCUCUAUUUUUUUCAAUUUUAGUUAU